AUGAGAUUCAUGAGUAUUUGCUCUUGGGUUGCAAAAACUACUAGGUUUUUAUGGAUUCAUCCUCUGAAUAGUCUCGAGUCUGAAGAACAAUCUUCAAACACGAGUGUUGGUGAUGUUCAGUUUGAAUUUUUUGAUGUUGGUGAAGUGAUCAAGUCAGGUCAAAAUGCUAGCGAUCUUAAACAGUGUCAUUCACUUGAAAUGGAUUUGGAUGAUGAUGAAGAGAAUGAUCGAAGUAGUAUCACUAAGAAGAAUCAAAUCUUUUGGGAAAGCCAACACCUGGAUUUGCAGACCAAUAUAGAUAACACAAGUUCUUUGGAGACUAAGAUAAGGAGUGCCACCAAAGAAGCUAUUGAAGAAAUAGAAAGCUGUGGAACAGUGUGUGGCUGCACCAGAAAGAAGAUUGCUAUCACCUCUUGCCGAGACUGCUUAAUGAGGGAAGUUUUUACGAGGCUUCACAAAACUGGUUUCAAUAUUGCUAUUUGUAAAACAAAAUGGAGAACUUCAUCAGAUAUUCCAUCAGGGGAACACACAUUUUUGGAUGUGAUAGACAACACAAAUCCAGAAAAAGGGGAGGUGAGAGUGAUGAUUGAGAUGAACUUCCAAGCUGAGUUUGAGAUGGCAAAAGGAAGUGAUGAAUACAACAACUUGGUUAAGAAGGUACCUGAAGUGUUUGUUGGAGAAGUAGGGAGAAUGAGCAAGUUAAUCAAAAUCUUAUGCAUGGCAGCCAAAAAAUGCAUGAAGGAUAAAAAGUUGCAUAUGGGGCCAUGGAGGAGGCAUAAGUACAUGGAAGCUAAAUGGUUAGGUCCAUGUGAAAGGUACCCUUCAACAAAGUCUCCACUUUCUAUUGGAUCAUUUUCUGAGAGGAUCAUAACAAAGCAAAAAUCAAAGGUAUCUAUGUUGACUAUUGAAUUAUUUGAUAAGCUUCCAACAUUGCAUUGCCCAGCUGUUGAUGAGGUUGUGUGAUUGUGAUAAGGUAGAUCAACUUAAUAAGUUUUUAUUCUAAGUUUUGGUACAAUCAACUUAAUAAGUUUUAUUCCUGAUCGUUUUGAACUUGGUUAAUUUCAUUUGUUCCCCUUUUCUUUGGUUAGAACUAAGUAGUGAGUGACUUGCAUAUGUCACACCCCACAUACUUUGUAUGUAAAUCGCCAAUAUUUUAUAGAGAUAGAUG